GGGGGUGCCAGCGUGUCUUUACUAAUGUUAUCAAAGCUUACCAAGGGACUUUUCCACCGUGCUAUUCCACAAUCUGGAGAUGCAUCAGCUUAUUGGGCUAUUGGCAAUCAUAAGAGUCGCAUCAAAUCAAUGGAGGUAUUUGCCAAGAGCGUUGGAUGUCCAGAGGAUCUCAGCAAACUUAGAGACUGCUUGAAACCCAAGGACGCCAUGACAAUUAUAAAUGCUUCCCUUGUAUGUCCAAUUUCUACUUUUAUUCCUAUUGUUGAUAAUCACUUUCUACACGAUAAACCAAUGGAAUUGUACGAAAAUCAAGACUUUGAGAGAUAUGAUAUCAUGACUGGAGUAACAAACGACGAAGGCCUCGUCUUCACCAACUUUUUUGGAGGGAUUUUUGGGGGCUUAAACGUAACCAACGGUGUUUCCAGAGAAACCUUCCUAGCUUUCCUCAGAGGAGGAGGACUAUCUAGGGUAAUACCAGAUCCAAAGUCGGUUUUGAUAAAUACAACUAUCUACCGCUACACUGACUACACCAACGUCUCGAGCCCCAUCAUAAAUCGUCGUAUGUACGUGGAUCUUCAGAGUGAUAUGGGAUUUUUAGCGCCUGCCAUAAGGGCCGCCAAUGCACUUGUUAAGAAGAAAGCAAAGACUUAUUUCUACUUGUUUGAACAUCGAUAUGGAGAUCUUCUUAUGGGGUCGAAACUUCCAUCGUGGGUGGAGUCGUACCAUGGAGCAGACGUCGCUUUUGUGUUUGGUUUUCCAUUGAUGAGCAGUUCCCCUGUGACGACGGAAACGGACGCACGUUUCACACGUGAUAUCAUUAGAUAUUGGACGAAUUUCGCCAAGACAGGGGAUCCAAACAGUCCAGUUAGAGUGGAUGUUACUUGGCCUGAAUACAACCAGGAGCAACAGCAAUACAUAUCAUUGAAACCCAACAUGUCGAUCCACAGCCACCUUCGAGCUGAUUUUAUGGCAUACUGGAACUGUCUCAUUUCCGAAGCACUCCGUGCGGCAUCAGAGCCAUGUGGAGCUCAUCAAAGUCAUGUGGAGAAGCAAAGUACAGAAGGAAAAGAGGAAUUGUAGCACAACUUCUGAUCGUUUGAAAUUAACCACGAAAAUCACGUCGUCUAUCCUUGUUUUAAUAUGAAUGUUUUAAGAUUAAAAUUGUGACACCUCAGGUGUAGUAUCUAUAUUUU